GGGUCUCUCAGGUUCCUAUCUGGCGACCCGUCGCCAUUAGAGCAAGCUCGUUGUAGCGGAUAUAUUUUUUUGGUUAAAAUCUUUAAAUUGCUACGUUUUCCAGCUUUUGGAAAACAUUUAACGCCUUGUUAAAGGCAUUUUGUUUUCCUUAGCGUGUAAGAAGCUUCAAUUCGGGGGGUCUUGGCCCCGCGUGGCGAGCUUUCGUCCUCUCUUCCAACAGCCUCCAUAUUUUGAGACGCCGAAAUCGUGUCUCUUAUUUUUUCUUUGGUUUGUUUUAUUGUCAAGAUGUCGCCGUGAUGGGGUCUCCGCGUUUGACAGAAAUGAAUCAGGGCCUUCGUCGCCUGACCCGCACUCACUGCAGCCCGCUUUCCUCUUUUGUUUUUCUGUUUGAUGCUAGAGAGCUCGGUGGCUCUCUGCUCGGAGCUCGGCCUCAACAGCGCUCACUGCACGGAGACAAACAUGGAGAAAAACCCAAACAGCAGCACCAGCACCAAGGUUCCGCCCCGUUCCAGCUCCACAGGCCCACAACCAGGCGAAUCUAAACCCAAAACAGAAGGUAAAAACAAUGGAGGCUCCAAGCGCUACAGCCGCAAGCGUGAGCCCUCCUUUCCUAAAGCAGACAGUUUCCCAGGCCCUCGCCGCACCAAUUCACAGAAAAGCAAGAAUUUUGACAAGAGACCCCCUCAGAGAGGUGGAGUGCGACAGUAUGGAGUUGCAGGUGGAGGACGACGUGAGGAGGUAGCAGAGACACGCCGGGCCGAGUUUAGCCCGGCUCAAUUUGCUGGACCGAAAAAAAUAAGCCUGAACCACCUGCUAAACUUCACUUUUGAACCCCGUGGAAGUAAUGGUGGUAUCGGAGAUGGUGGCCAUGCCUGCUGGGGCCGCCGAAACAAAUGGGGCCACAAGCACAAGCCCUUCAACAAGGAGCUUUUUCUGCAGGCCAAUUGCCAGUUUGUGGUGAUGGAUGACCAGGACUACAAGGCUCACUUCACUGAUCCAGAUACUCUGGUUAACUGGGAUUGUGUGCAGCAAGUGCGCAUCUAUAGCCAUGAGGUGCCAUCUUGCCCAAUCUGCCUCUACCCUCCUUUGGCAGCCCGCAUCACCCGAUGUGGACACAUCUUUUGUUGGCCGUGCAUGCUGCACUACCUGUCUCUUAGUGACAAGAGCUGGUCUAAGUGCCCCAUCUGCUAUGAGGCCGUGCACACCGCUGACCUCAAGAGUGUGGUUGCUAUGGAGACCAGGCAGUAUAUGGUUGGUGACGUAAUCACCAUGCGCCUGAUGAGGAGGGAAAAGGGGGCUCUGGUGGCCAUGCCCAGUUCUCAGUGGGUGAAGGUGGAGGAGCCUGUCCGCUUUGGAGAUGCUUGUUUGAGUCCAUACUCCAAGCUGCUGCUGACCUCCCCGGCGCAGGUCCUGAGCCUGAUGACAGAGGAGAAGGCAAUCCUUCAGGCUCAGCUUAGCCAGGAAGAGGAUGCUCAAGGCUGCUUCAUCCAGAGCGCCCUUUGUCUUCUACAAGAGCAAGAGGGAAUACUGCUGAAGCAGCAAAAGGUUAAAGCAGACAGUCUGGACAUGAGUUCUCUGACUCUGAAAGAACCUUCUUCUCCUGUGGAGGAAGUAGUGACUAACAUCAGCAGUGCCAAGCCUGUGCUGCAGUACUCCUCUGCAUUUGAUGAUGAGGUGGAGGACCUUGCUGAAGAUGCAGAUGCAGAGCUACCUGGCUUCCCGGAAGCCAUUCUUGAGAGUGUGCUGGAGGAGCCUCCUGAGGCCAUGAUGGAUGCAGCUCCAGAGCCCCAGCUUGAAGAGGAGGGCCUGGCCAACCAGGCAGAGGCAGCCCGCCCCUCAGCCAGUGUGGUACAUGGACCUUACUAUUAUUUCUACCAAGCUGACGACUGCCAGCAGAUGUUUAUGCAUCCUGUGAAUGUGCGCUGUCUUGUGCGUGAAUAUGGCAGUUUGGAGGCCAGUCCUGACUCCAUCACUGCCAGAGUGGUGGAGAUAGUGGGACACACAGUCACUGAGGACAUCCGUCGUCGGCAUCGUUAUUUGGCUCAUCUGCCACUCACAUGCGAGUUCAGCAUCUGUGAGUUAGCCCUGCAGCCACCAAUCCUGUCCAAAGAGACUCUGGACACCUUUGCAGAUGACUUGGAGAAAAGAAAGCGUCUGAGGCAGAAGAAAGCAAGGGACGAAAAACGCAGAGAGAAACGAAUUGAAAUUGAAGAGAAUAAGAAGCAGGGUAAAUAUCCUGAGGUGCAUAUUGGGCUAGAGAACCUUCAGCAUUUCCCAGCAUUUGGUUCUCCACCUUAUAGCAGCAGUCCCCCAAUCCAACCUGAUUUCACUUUCGCCCCUCCUUCACCCCUCAGCAGCAGCCCUUCCUCUGAUGGGAUGAGAUUUCCAAGUCUGAAUGUGUCAUCACCUGUUGUGGGUAGUGUGGAGGAGGAUUCCCACUGCAUGUCCUUUGCCCAGAUGCUAAGAGAUGGAAAAGCCAGAGUUGAUGCUGGGCCCAGGAUCACUCCAAAGAAAGAUAAGCUGCUCGCUCCCCCAGCACCAGACAGUGAUGGAGAGAGCGAUGGGUCCGACCGAGUCCCUGUGCCCAGCUUUCAGAACUCCUUCAGUCAGGCGUUUGAGAAGGCGCUUCUGGAGCUGGACAGUGGACCAGUUUGUCCACCACAAGCUGUGGUUGAACCAGAUGAAAAAGGAGGAAAGAAGAAAAAGAAAAAGCAGAAACUUCUGUUCAGCACAUCCAUGGUUCACACAAAGUAGACAACACUGAAGUUCAUUUAAACAUAUUGUUUCUGAAGAUCUUCCCACUGCUUGUGUUUUUACUUCAUGCAGAUCUUUCUUGGAACUACAAGCUAUGGAAAUAGGUUUUAGUAUGUAGCAGACAUUCAUGCUGCUUUAGACAUUGUUCCAUUGACUUGAUCCACUGUUCAUAUUUCCUCCCAUCAGUUACAGUUACCUGUUUUUUUGUUGUUUUACAACUAGGUCAAAACUUCACAUCAUCCUCUUGACACACUGAAAGCCUUAUGGGUAACAUUGAACUCAGAUGCUAAGUAAAGCAAGGAAUAUAUCAAGCUGCUGACUCUAAUAUAACGUGUGCUUCAGGCUUUUCAAGAAUUCCCAAUACCUGUUUGCAUUACAGACCUUGCUUUACGGUGCCCAGCUUUCUUCAAAUUCAUCCUGCUUUGCAUUUAGAACCUGUGAGUAAUAUGGACAAGAUAAUCUGAGGGUGCUUUAUACUAGAGUAGCAGUCAGCCAGCUGCAGGUACGUUGCACCUUGAAUUUUUCCAGGAUACUCGGCACCCACACAUUAUCUUCAGAAGGAAACAAAUCAGUACAUUUUCAGUGUUAAUCCCAGGUAAAAGUUCAAGAGGAUAGGUUUUCAGAUUGUGGAGAUAAGAGCCCUAGUAUUAUUACAACACCAACAAACGCAUAGAUUCUCAAACCAAGGAAGUGAAAACACAGUAUUGUAUAGAGAGAUUAGUUCUGUGGAUUCAACAGAACUCUGAUGUAUUCUGCCUGGUUCAAACCGUAAAUACACGCUUUCUUCUCAUUCAGUUUCUCCUUUCAUUUUCUGGUGUAGAAUGUCUACUGACUUUUAACAUUACUCCCCCAGUUUUAUUUCAGUGUUGAAAACGUGUGAAGUUUGAUAAUUGCUGACAUUUAACGAAUGCCUGUGAAACUCAAGAGAGAUGUGGAUUGGAAAUUUAUUUUGUUUGAGGGAUCUUCAAUUCACCUUUAAUUUUAAACAAGUUUAUAGGCUAGUCAUCAUAACUAGUCUGUUAUAAUGAAUAAACAAUUUAUGCACAAUCAAA